GCCGCCCUGACGGACGGGGGAGGAGGUGCCAGGCUGGUUGCUGGUUGCUAGCUGCCGCCCCUCGCCCUACGGCCCGGCCGCUUCAUUGUCACCUGGGCCUCGGAGCCAGCGCCGGGGCGCGAGGUCGCUCGCCCAAAGCCUGAGCCCCGGGCGUCCCACCUGGGAGGGCCUCGCACAUCCCCCCGCCGGCCGGCCCCGCAGGCUCCGCGCCCCAGGCCUGGCUCGCGCAGGUGAGGGGGUUUCCGCGCAGGAGCGGGCGGGGGUCUGCACGAGGGAGCGGAGUCCAGUCGGCGGUCUCGGUCCCACCACCUUGAGCCAAGUCCUUGGGGGACUGAGAGCUGCUCGGUGGAGAAGCUGCGGGGGUCCUGCGCCAGCCCGUGUUGAGGGGCCUGGGCAGAGGCUCGGGUGCUGGGACAGACAUUUUUGUGUUCAAGGCGAGGUCUGGCCUGGAGGUUUCCAGGGAGAGGCUGUGUUUACCAUCCCAGAGCCACGCGUGCUGCUGCUGCCCCAGCGGCUCAGCCGGCCAGCCUGAGUCCAGCCAGCCUGGGUCCCGCUGGGCGUGGCCAGUGCCCUGGGGAGAGGAGGGUGUUAAAAUCACCCACACAACCGGAAAUGCAUGAGUGGGGACACCGGCCUGGUGAACGGCAGGGACCGUUCUGUGCUCCGCGCUAGAGCUCAGGGGCCCCCCACUAUGUGCGUGUGGAGGAGGCCACGGCACUGACCUGCGGUGGUAAUGGUGUGUGGUUGCUGGCCCACCACAGUCCUCCGUGGCAGGGAGGGCUGUGCUCUUUCCUCCGUGGUCAUUCCUGGUGCUGCCGGUUUAUGCACUUGUCCACUUCUAUUGCUUGAGUGCCUGCCACGUGCCAGGGGCCGGGCUACGUGGUCCCUGUCCUCGUGGCGCUGAUGUUCUUACAAGGAGUCAGGCAGUGCAGACCACUGGCCACACACCGACCUGUGUGGCCAGGUGAAGAAAAAUAAAGCAGGAGGAGGGAGCAACGUGAUGGGGGACCGGUGGCUCUGUGAGUGACAUCCCAGGGGAAGAGGCCCCAGGCAGAGGGGCCGGCAGGUGCAGAGGCUUGCAAUGGAAACAGACUGGCCCAGUUUGAGGAGCAGCAGGAUGGCUGGUUUGGCUGAAGCAGAGUUAGGGGCAACGGUGGGGGGCAGUGAGGAGGUCACAGAGAGAGCAGGGUCAGAUCUGAGGGGUGUUGAGUGUUUAGACUUUGUUCUCUGUGCCAGGGGGCCCUUGGAAGGUUUUGGGCAGGGACGCAGUGUGAUCUGAGACCUGGUGGACAAAGCUCAGCUCUGGCUGCCGUGUGGGGAGGGGCCGGAGGAGGGGCUGCUGGGCUUGUCCAGGUUCUAGGAGAGGCUGUGGAGGGAAGGGGUGUGUGGGGAGAGGGCAGUUGCAGCAGGUGUGGUGGGGAAGGGGAAGAUGUCAGCAUGAGAUCCAAGUCUUUGGCCUGAGCCAGUUACAGAACGUGACCCCUGGUGAGGGGGCAGCUAGAGGCGGACGUCUGUUUUGGUCUUUUGGGGGCUGAGGCGCCAGACGCUCGGCUGGUCCUGAGUCAGAAAUUAGGGAAUGGGUGGCGGCGGCAGGAACCUUCAGCCUCUGUUUGAAGCCUGGGCGCCAGACGUGGGCCCCCAGGUGAGAGGCUGGGUGGAGGGGAGGCCAGGGCUGAGCCUGGGGACCUUCUGCCUUGAGGGUUUGGGAAGAGGAAGGGACAGCCAGGGAGAUGGAAGUGUGGCUGGUGCUGGGGGGUGCUGGAAGGAAGGGAGCAGCUGCCACAGACAGGGCGCUCGGGGGUGUCCCUGGGGGCCCUGAGGAAGCACAGGGGCUCUGCGGCCAGGGGAGUUGGUUAUGGACCCUGGGUUGGGCAGCAUGAAUCAGACCAAGCCUGGGUUAGAACGCCUGUCAUGGUGCGUCCUGCGUGCCAUCCUCACAGCCACCUUGUCCAAACCUCAGGACAACUCCAGGAAGAGGCACUUUGUGACAUCGUCUUACAGAUGAAGGAGGGACGGCUCAGACAGCUGGAGAACCUGUCCUGGGGUGGGGGGGCCUGCUCAGCCUCCAUGAAGGGCUCCCGGGCCAGCAGCGGUCCCUCCGGCGCCCCCGAGGGCAGGUCAGAAGGUGUGGACCUGAGCCUGACGGGCCUCCCUCCACCUGUGUCCUGGCGCCCCAGCAGCGCUUCCACCGCCAAGCCCAUCGCCCGCUCCCUCUCCGUGGUCACGGGCAGUGAGCCAAGGAGGAAGGCGCUGGAGGGGCCUGGAGGUUCCGGAGCCAUCAACAACCUUCGCAGAUCUAACAGCACCACGCAGGUCCACCAGCCGCCAGCCAGCCAGGCCUGGACCAGCCCCCUCAGGCCGGCCGAGCGCCCCCACUCCCUGACCCUCAUCGAGGGCAGCUCCGGUGGGAAAAAGCGGCUGGCUGGGCUGAGCAAAGCUGCCAGUGAGAAGGGAGCCACGUGGAAUGUCCUGGAUGACCACCCCAGGGCCUUCACCUCGCCACCGGACUGCCAGAGUCCGAGCACCGUGGACGCACCGGUGGGCCCACGGAGGAGAGAGUGCACCGUCCCCCUGGCCCCCAGCUUCACUGCCAACAACAGGAGCAACAAGGGCGCCGUGGGGAACUGCGUCACCGGCAUGGUGCACAACCACUACGCCCCCUCAGGGAAGGUGCCGCCCCCCAAGAGCUCCAACCACACAGCUCCCUCCCUCAACAAUAUCCUCAAGGCGGCCACCGGUGAGGGGGAGAGCAGCUCCGCGAAGCCGCACAAGAACUUGGCCAGCAGCAACCACGUGGCCCAGAGCAACGCCGGGGGCGCCCCAGGCCCGCUCAGACGGAAGGAGGUGACAGAGGAGGAGGCCGAGAGGUUUAUCCACCAGGUGAACCAGGCUGCUGUUACCAUCCAGCGAUGGUACCGCCGGCAGGUGCAGCGCCAAGCCAGAGCCGCCCGCCUAGAGCCCCUGCUAACAUCCAAGCAAGAGGAACAGCGGCGGCAGCUGGGAGAGGGGCUCCUGGGCCUGCACCAGCAGAAGGAGGCGGCCAGGAGGAGGGUCCGGGAGGAGAAGGCACGCCAGGCCAGGCGAGCGGCCAUUCAGGAGCUGCAGCAGAAGCGAGCCCAGAAGGCAGGUGGCCCUGAGUUUGGGCUGCUGAAGGAGGCCCGGGAGACGGAGAAGCCCCGGCCGGCCCAGGAGCCACCCCCGAGGCCGGGGGACACCACUCACGCCCAGCAGACCCACAAGGCCAACAAUGCCGGGGCUGGCUUCCGAACCACAGGCCCAGAGGACCCCCACCAGUCUGCCUCCAACUCCUCCCCUGAGCUCCGGCAGUUUCCAGACGACAAGCCUCAGGACGCCAACUCCCAGGAUGUGGCCAGUGAGGAUGUGGAGGUGGUGGGCCCCGCCGGGGCCAGGGCCAAGCCUAGGGCGACCCUGGAUGAGCUGCUCCACACGCUCAGGCUGCUGGAGGAGGAGCCGGAGCCGCUGCCCUGCCCCAGGGCCUACCACAAGGACAAAUACUCCUGGACUGAUGAGGAGGACGAUGCCAGCUCCCUGACAGCCGACAACCUGGAGAAAUUUGGGAAGCUCAGCACGUGCGCCGGUCCCCCCGAAGACGGAACUCUGUUGUCCGAGGCUAAGCUGCAGGGUAUCAUGAGCUUUCUGCACGAGAUGGAGACGUCAGGGCAGGACCGGCCGGCCUCAGCCCCCCAGGGGCUGGUGCCGGAGGAGGGGCGCCUGGAGCCCGUGUCCACGGUGAGCGCGUCUGUGCUGCGGCUGAAGCUGGAGGUGGAGGAGAAGAAGCAGGCGGUGGGGCUGCUGCAGAGAGCUCUGGUGCAGCAGCGGGACCUGACCGUCCGGCGGGUCAAGGAGACGGAGAAGGAGCUGGGCCGGCAGCUGAGGCAGCAGAGGGACCACUACGAGGCCACUAUCCAGCGGCACCUGUCCUUCAUCGACCAGCUGAUUGAGGACAAGAAGGCCCUGGCCGAGAGGUGUGAGGCUGUGGUUGCAGAGCUGAAGCAGGGGGACCAGAGGCGCAAGGACAGGGAGGCCCAGGUGCAGGAGCAGCACGAGCUGGAGAUUAAGAAACUCAAAGAACUAAUGAGUGCCACUGAGAAAGUCCGCAGGGAGAAGUGGAUCAAUGAGAAAACCCGAAAAAUCAAGGAGAUUACCGUCCGAGGCCUGGAGCCCGAGGUCCAGAAGCUGAUCGCCAAGCACAAGCAGGAGGUGAAGAAGCUCAAGUGUCUGCACGAGGCAGAGCUGCUGCAGGCGGACACGCGGGCGGCCCAGCGCUUCGGGCGCCAGCUGGAGCAGCUGCGGGAGCACCUGGAGCGGGAGAAGGAGGCGCUGGGCCAGCAGGAGCGGGAGCGCGCCCAGCAGCGCUUCGAGCAGCACGUGCAGCAGGAGCAGCGGGCCCUGCAGCAGCAGCGGCGGCGGCUCUACGGCGAGGUGGCCGAGGAGAAGGAGCGGCUGGGCCAGCAGGCAGCCAGGCAGCGGGCGGAGCUGGAGGAGCUGCGGCAGCAGCUGGAGGAGAGCAGCGCGGCCGAGGGCCGGGCUCUCAGGGCUGAGUUUGAGAAGGGGAGAGAGGAACAGGAGCGGCGGCACCAGAUGGAGAUGAAGGCCCUGAAGGAGCAGCUGGAGGCAGAACGACAGAUGUGGGAGGCCAACUGCGCCAAGAAGGAGGAAGCAUGGCUGCUGAACCGGGAACGGGAGCUGAGGGAAGAAGUCCGGAGGGGCCGGGAUAAGGAGAUCGAGCUGGUCAUCCACCGGCUGGAGGCCGACAUGACGCGCGCCAGGGAGGAGAGCGAGAGGGCCGCGGAGAGCCGCGUCCAGCGCAUCCGGGACAAGUACGACACGGAGCUCUCGGAGCUGGAGCAGUCGGAGCGGACGCUGCAGCAGCGGUGCGCCGAGCUGAAGGGGCACCUCGGGGAGGCGGAGGGGGAGAGCGUGCGUCUGCAGGGCCUGGUGCGGCAGAAGGAGAAGGAGCUGGCCCACCUGACAGCGGUGAACGAGCAGCUGGUCAGCGAGAGGAGCGGCCUGGCCGAGGUGCUCCGCCAGGAGUUCGCUGACCGGCUCGCAGCCUCCGACGAGGAGACCCGGCAGGUCAGGGCUGAGCUGGCCGAGCUGCGGGCCCGCCAGCGGCUGGAGCUGGAGCGGCUCACGCGGGAGAAGCAGGCGGACCUGGAGGAGGUGCACGGAAGGGUGAAGCUGGCUCUGGCAAAGAAGGAGGAGGCCGUGCGCAGCCUCCGGAAACAGCAUGAGGCCGCAGUGAAGCGGGCCGACCACCUGGAAGAGCUCUUGGAGCAGCGCAGGUGGCCAUUGCCGAGUGCCAAGUGACCGCUGCUGCCCAUGGCCCAGAUGGGGUCAGCAGCAGCCGGGCCGAGGGCGCCUGGUAGCAAGGUCGACCCCAGCCCGGCCCCACCGCCCCCUUCCAUCCCUCUGCCCUGGGCUCCGUCAUCCUGACGUUAGAGUGCCAUGGCUGCGUUUCAACAGUAAA